AAAUGAGCUAUUAAAUUUGAAGAAAGAAAGGUAGAGGUUGAGAGUCAUGGCCAAGGCCCAAGCUUCCUUAUCCACUCCAUAGCUUUGAAUCUCAACUGAAUGUUAUUGGUAGUGGCAGAGAAGCGGAAUGAGAGUGGCCAUGGCUGCUUCCCUUUCAUCUUCUCCUUACACAUGUUCCUCCAAAUCCAUUGUUUUAUCUAAGUGUAGUCCCAAGAUCAAACUUGGAACAAAUCGCUUCACAAUCUCUGCUUCAACCUCCGUUCUUUCUGGCGGUUCUCCCCUUCUUCAAGCAGCCAAGCAUACGGUGGACGCAUAUGUAAAAAGUGGAAUGGUUGUUGGCUUGGGAUCUGGUCAAGCUUCUGGCAUGGCCAUUCAAUAUCUUGGCCGGCUGCUUCGGGCUGGUGCUUUGAAAGAUAUAGUUGGGGUACCCAUGUCCAUAGCAAGUGCAAGUGAAGCUGCCAAGGCCGGAAUUCCAUUAGACCAGUUCAACGAUAGUUCUCAAGACUUGAAUUCGGGGAGGACGAUUGGCACUGUCCGACAUAGCAGGGGACUUUACAUCCUUAUGAUGAUACCUCCGGUAAUUGAUUUUUCAUUUGAUGAUGCUGAUAUCAUAGAAGAAGGAACACUUAUUGCAGUCAUUGGGCAUCGGAAACCGCAAGUGGAAGAUUCAAUAAUUCAGGAGAAGUCUAUAUUAAAUGCCUCCAACCAGCUUGCAUUCAUGAUAAAGGAAAGCCAAUAUAUGGGUGGCCCUGAGGGAUCGAUUCCAGUUUUAGUGAAUUCUCUUAACUGGAUGCAAACUGCAGAAGAAAUUGACGAUCUCUUUCUAGGCGAUGCAGAGGUAUGGAGGAGGCCAUCGAUUGGGCAUGCAGGUCCCCUUGGGGGCGACUUCCCAUUUGUCACUAGAGAAGGGCAUAACGUACUGGAUGUCAUAUUUACAUCUCCUAUAUCAAGCCUAGCUGAAGUAGCAGAAAGUCUUGACCAGAUCGAUGGAGUCGUGGAUCAUGGAGUCAUUUCUAAAUUUCCAUGCACAGCAGUUAUUGCAGCAGAAAGUGGUCUGCAAAUUAUUGACAAUGUACAGAAGAAUAUGGCAUAGAGUGAUUGCAGUUUACCGAUCAAUGCCAUCGCAGAGCCAAUCAGUCACAUACUUCUUACAAACAAGCAGUGCCGAAUGAGUGCCUGCCGUUGAGCCAUGUUGAAUAGUAGUACUAUAAUUCCAACAAGAACCCAAGGAGUACAACCACCAAUUUCUUCAUCCUCUGCCUUGUGUUCUGAAAUGGUCGAAACAUGGCAGCCCUGAGACCCCCACUUCCUGGCAGCAACUCCUGCUGAUUCCUUCUGACUCAACCAACUCACGACCACAAGUAAGGCGAUUGGUGCUGCUCUUAAAGCCCAACCACCAGAAGGCAAUCUUCUAGGACUGGAUGUUGGAAUGGGAUUGCAGAGUAUCUUAUGAUUGCCAACACAAUUGUAAUAGAAAAGAGGCAGCCAUGGAAAAUGGUGGUAGGAGAAGAAACGACAUUUGGGGAUAUGGAAGGUGAAGAUGAGGAGGAUAAGGAGAAGAGAAGGGAAGGGUGAAGGAUCAGAAGUAAGAAAAUUUGUAAAAGAAUAAACUUUUUGCAUCAUUGGAAUCAUGAGAUUUGAGGGAACUGCUUCUUCAAAAGUUGAAAUUCUGAUAGGAGAUGAAAGUUUUUGGGUAAACUAAGGUUUGAAAUUCCAACUGUAAUUUGACGGUUAUGUUAAGGAGGUGGAGGAUUGAUCGAUUUAACUGUGGGAAAAAUGGUGUUUCUUUGACA